UAUGCUCACUGCCUCCUCCAGCUGGCCGUGGCCAUAACCCUCUCACAUGCCAACUCAGCUCGUAUCCUCGACGAGGUGGACACCCAGCCCCCAUUCCCCUCCGAUUUGCCUCAACUAUCCGGUCUUCCUCCGGUGGUGAUCGACACCCCUGAUUUAGCACCAACCACCGCUGCCACCACCUUUCCAAGUGGCCAAAUCCCCGCCACAGGUUGUCGUGCCAGGGAUGUCGGCGACGCCAACCCACCACAACCCGAAACCCAGUCACCCAGUAAUGCAGCAACACCUGUUGCUGAUGUGGCUCCUAUUCCCAGCCCUGCCCUCGUGCCACCUGGCAGCCCUGCCACGGCGGCGGCUACUGGUGCCACGGUGGCAGUUAAUGCAGACACACACCACCAACCCCCGCUGUCACUCUUCAUGCACGACAUCCUCGGUGGGUCCCACCCUUCCGGAAGAGUGGUGACAGGCAUCAUCGCCAGCUCCGGCGCCAGCGGCGUCCCCUUCUCCAAACCCAAUGGUGGCGUCUUCCCGAUUACUGGCGGCGUCCCCCUUAUGAACGGCAACAACGACGCCAUCAACAACAACAACGCCCCGUUCCUCGCCGGCCUCAACGGCGUCCCCUUGUCGAACGCCGGCAUCCAGAGUAACGGCAACAACUACACACUCUCCGGCGGAGGCAAUGCCCUGCCCUUUGUGACCGCCGGGAAUCUCCCGCCGGGAGCCACCCUUCAGAAGCUUAUGUUCGGGUCCAUAACGGUGAUCGACGAUGAGCUAACAGAAGGGCACGAGCUGGGCACCGCCGUGAUCGGAAGAGCACAGGGGUUCUACUUGGCGAGCUCCAUGGACGGCACCAGCCAGACAAUGGCGCUAACGGCGUUGCUGCACGACGGCGAUGAUUAUCACGAAGAGGAUACGAUUAGCUUCUUUGGGGUCCACCGAACAGCGUCGCCGGAGUCUCAGUUGGCCGUCGUCGGAGGGACGGGGAAGUACGAGAACGCAAAAGGGUAUGCGACGAUUGAGACCGUUCAUCACGAAGAUGAGCACACGACCGAUGGGGCGGAAACGAUCCUCCAGUUCAGCGUCUACCUCUCAGUCUCAUCUUAGUAGGGUAUUUAACCCUACUUAUUAAUUAAUGUGAUCUGUCUGUGUGAAUCUGUGAUUGAGCGACGGCUCUGUGAAUUUAAUGGCUGCCUUCUGUUUUAAUUGGAUGGUUGUUUCAUAAA